UGCAUUACAAUAUUGCGUUACUCGUAGUUACUUUUUAUAGAAAGUAAUGCAUCAUGUUAAUUUUGCAUUAAUUUUUCUGAUCUGGGCUGGGAUUACUUCUUUGUUUUUUUUAUAUAAAAUGUACUAUUUUUGGCAAAAGGUAAAAGCUUUUGACAGCAAAAUUGAAGUGAAUACAGUAAGCCUCAGGCUGAAGGAAAUGUACAUUCACGUUUGUGCCUUUCCGCUGUGCAGCCAUAACACAAAUAUUAUGUUUAUCUAAAUCAUUUUUGCUUAUUAUUGGAUCAUUGAAUGUCAGCAACAAAGAAGUUGGAAAAAAAGAUAGGAUUAAAUACAAUUCUGGUUUGCUUCAUAUUCGUAAUUUGCAUUUCACUGUUUUUAUUCAUUUAGAAGCAUACUGAAUGUGUAUUUCUCUAAAUUUGAUGAGCAAAAUGUAUGUCCAUAUUUAAUCAAAGUGCCUUUGCACAUACUCCUGAUUUCUCUCAGCAUUGGAAAGAUCAGUGAAUAAAUGGCUGUGAAUGGAAAGAUCAGUGAAUAAACUGGUGUUACGUGUUUGAAAAUGUAACUGAUAUUUUCUUGUAAAUUAAAAAGUAAUGUAAAAAGUAAAAUGAUCUGACAAUAACUUGAGUUACUUGUGAUGCAUUACCGCCCCAAUAACAGUUUUUAUACCUUUUUUUCUGUGAGUGCAAGGCUUAGAAAAUCUUGUAAAAGUAAUUUAUUGAGACGCAUAAAGCAGUAUUGUAUCUGUGGGUUGGCUUUUCUAUUGCAGGCUAAAGCACACGGACUCAGCUCAUUUCUGUGUUUAUCGCACACCAUCAGUUCACACUGAAUCUAUUUGUAACAUCUGGGCCUUUUCUUUGGAAAACAAUGUUUACCAGUAUGUGAUUUUGUUACGAGCAUUUGCUUCAAAGGUCAGAAGCCAGAAGUCAUUUAAAAUGUAACUAACGAGAAAACAGGUUUCCUAAUGGCCAAAUGUGAUUUUAAAUUCACUGGGGCUCAGAAAAGAAAUUAUAGCGUCAUCUGCUGGUCAAAAUGUUCCUUUUCAUUUUAAACGCCUUUUUUAGUCUCUUGAUAAUGUGCAAUUGUACUGAAACUGUUGUUGAAGGUCUAAUGAAAUGCCUUAAGUAUAAAAUUUUAAUAAUUCAGAUAAAAAAAGCAUGCAUGCAACAGAUCCAUAUCGAAUAAACUUCUAAAUGCAUGUCUUGUAACAAUCAAAAACAGGCUAUCGUAUGUGUGUGUGUGUGUGUGUGUGUGUGUGUGUGUUCAAAGAUCUCAGGGUUUUCUCUCACAAACAAACACAGUGUCCCUAGAAAGUGUUUGCACACUUUAUAUCUGAAUGUCAUCGCAUUAGGUAACAAAAUAUCAAAGCAAGUGGCAUCUGUGCUUUUCUGAACCUUUUUGUGCAACUGUUGUUUCGAUGAUUUAGAUUAGGGUAGUUCUUCACAUUAAAUAUGAACAUGUUACAUUAAUGUCUGAAAGCCAGACAGUGUCAAAAGCUUUAAUUUGAACUGUAUAUCUACUGUUUCUUUUGUUUCUGACAUCCAUUCAUAUAUUUUUAAUUGUGAAAUGUCCAAAUAUGUUUUGGGGCAACACACUUGUUCACUCUUUGUACACAUACUUAUCCUUAACCCUUUCUAUUUUUUUUCAUGUCUGUCUCUCUCCCUCUGUCCCGUCUGGGCGUGGGGAUCCGCCCCUGCUUAAUUUUAUCAUUUCGCCCUUUCUGAAUUUCCUGACUUCAAAAGUCAGUCUGACAUUGCUCUCUCGGUCUCAGCAGGGGAGCGGGGAAUAUCUCAAGCCAGCUACACAAAGGGAAAACAGGGCGCCCCGUUACUCACCAGGACAGGGUGAAGUCUUAAUAUGAAUCCGUCAUUGUUCCUGUGCUGUGUGCUGCUCUGUUUAGCCUGCUGUGUUAUGGUACACACACACAUGAUUAUAGAGGAACAAAACAGCUCCAACCAAACAACUAUCAGCUUACAAGCAAAUAGCCAAACAGAUGCACCUUCUGUGCUCAUAGUCGGGCUUGCAAAAACUCCUAAGAAGAACAAGAAAGCGGAAAAGAAACCAAAAAAGAAAUUCAACCACCGUGUGAAGAGACCUCCGCCGCCGCCGAACUGCGUCCCGCUCUGGAGCAGCUGCAAGACGCCGAGCGCGGUGUGCUGCGAGCAGUGCGCCUUCUGCCACUGCCGCCUGUUCAAGACCGUCUGCUACUGUCGCAUGGGCUACCCGAACUGCUGAACACCCCGUGGAGGAUGCUGGGACCGUCCCGAG